UUAGAGUACCACAUUUUUCUUGUAAUAUUUUGACUUUAUUCUUGUAAAAUCACUUUGAACUCUCUGUCCUGGCUGGUCAGCACAAUAUGGCUUAGUUGUCGACACUAACAAUAGAAAGAAAAGUGAAAUGUACACCACAAAGUGAGCUUCGUUUAGUCUUUAGCGAAGAGAAUCGUCUCUCACCAUAAAGUUAGGGGUGAAUUUUACUUUUUAUUAUUAAGUGCUCUUAACUUAUUUUUACACUUGUAUGACAGUCAAGAAUGUUAAUUCAUGAUUACAUUUUUUUUGUCAAAUUUACUAUAAAUGUGUCCUCAUCCUCAAAUAAGAUAUUACUUUUGAAAGUUACAGGAAGUUGGUGAUUUUAUAAGCGUUUUAAACGUGUAUGUUAGCCACCAGUGUUUUUUAAUAGGGAUGUCCAUCCAUCCAUCCAUUUUCUAUGCCGCUUAUCCUAAUUGGCGGGGGUAUGCUGGAGCCUAUCUCAGCUGACUUCGGGCGAGAGGCAGGAUACGCAGCCAGCCAAUCGCAAGGCACAUAUAGACAAACAACCAUUCACACUUACAUUCAUACCUAUGGACAAUUUAGAGUCGCCAAUUAACCUAACGUGCAUGUUUUUGGAAUGUGGGAGGAAACCGGAGUACCCGCAGAAAACCCACACACGCACGGGGAGAACAUGCAAACUCCACACAGAGAUGCCCAACGGAGAUUCAAACCCAGGUCUUCCAGAUCUCCUGACUGUGUGGCCUGUGUGACUGUGUGCUAACCACUUAAUAGGGAUGUGUCUUUCACUAAAUGUCCUUAAUUAAUCAACCACGGGAGAAAUUAGCAUUAAUUAUUUCAACUGUUUUUCUGUUUUUCGUUUUACUUGUAAAGGGACAGGACAUCCUCUUUCUGAAUUUUCAGAACCAUGUUUUCCUUCUGCAGGCAACAAACUAGUUAACUACAUUUUCCUCUUUUCUGACCUAUAAAUGUUGUUACAAUGUUGUAUUCCCGUGUUAAACGAUGCCAAUGCGUCAGAUAUUGAGGUUUGCACAUUUGGAAGUGAGCCCUGAAAGCAGUUUUUGACAGCUCUGCACGUUGUGUUUUACUGUUUUUUUUAACACCGAGUUCCAUUGAAGUCAUCGCAACCUGGACUUCCUUAUAUACCCAGCACCCCCGCUCUGCUUUGCUCUGUUCAUGGUGUUAACACAUCAACCAAUGGCUCCCAGGAAAUGCUUGUCGGGGUGUGCCUAAAGAGGCCAGCGUCAGGCAGAAGUGGCUGGAGUUGUGUCGUGAACAUGGGCCAAUACGAAGCUGAAGCCCGACGCCUUUCCAGCGUUACUUGGUCACGUUGAAGAGUCAGAAGAGCAAGCUGUAAGUAACAAUUUAUCAGUGUCCUAACUGUGUUUAUUUUGUGUAAGUAAUCAGACAAAAGGGGUUCGGCAGCUGUCCGGAAGUCCUCGGGAGUGCUUGGGAUUGUGACCAAUCUCAGUAAAUUACGUAAAUUACACAGACCGUUUGGGCGUAAGGCAGGAAACUCAAGGAAACACUGCAGGAAGCGGUGCAGAAUCUAGAAGAUGUGCGGGUUAUCGUGUGUAGCUGCUCUAUAGGAGUCCAGAACUCAGUACAAAGAUCCGAAAAUUAGUCUAAUUGGUCCCCUUUAAGGCUCAAUCAACAGCCCCUCUGCUGGUUGCAGCCAAGCACUCCAUUUAGUCUCAAUUGCUUCAAGAUCAAUUCCACACAAUUGACACAAUUCUUAACGAUCAACGAAGCUAUUAAUUUCACCAUCCCUAUUUCGUCAGUGGUGAGCCAUCAACAUCCAAGGGAACACUGAACCACAAAGGCAAUGAUACGAAUUUAGUGUAGUGUCACUUUAGUAACCAAGAAAAACAUCAAUAAUUAGCUGUAAAUCCUUCAUUUUAUGUCAUUGUGAAAUGUUAAUAUAACCACUUCCUUCAUGGUAGUACAUUCCUGGGUUAUCCAAAGAGCCAAUUAUUGUCAAACUACUGGAAAAGAUGCAUUCUGUUAAUCAUAAUUUCCAUGUGUGCGUUUGAAAGCUCAGGUUUCUUCCGCUUGUGCCUCCUCACCACUAAUUGUUGUUGGCGUGGAUCAACAUGGAUGGAAGCGCUUUAGCAGAGAACAAGCAUGCUCGCGAGGCACACACGCCCUAUCAGAUGUCGCCGCCACAGACGUCACACGUGUGAGAACGUGCAGAUGUGGAGUCAAGGUCUAUGUAGUGGAUUCAUUCGCCACUAUUGUACAGAGCAGCGGAGCCAGAACACCCAGAGAAGCUGGUACCACUUGCAGUGUUCUUACACAAGCUGCAACAAGAGAGCUAAGUGGACUGACUCACAUACGGAGGGCUUGGUCUUGUUACUCUACAAAAGGCACUCAUUAUCUCCUUGGUAUGACAUCAAAAACACUCCACAAAUAUUGAAGGUUAUGUCAGGGGAAUGUGAGCUGUUUAUGUUCAUCUAUGAGGAAAAGUUGUCAUGUGAAAGCUGCGGCCAUUUGAGGCAAUAUUAUCAUAAUAAUAAUCAGAAUCCUUAAAGUCCAUUUCUGAUUACAGAGGAAUAUCACAAUCUGUUGCAGGGGGUCAUUUUUCCCAAAGGAAACAAUGGAAAUAGAUAUAAUAUGUCCUUGGGGCAAGCUGUCACCAUCAUAAAAGCCUUCUUAACUGCACAGGGUGUACUCUAAGUAACAUUCUUAACUCCUGUACAAGUGUAAAAAGAAGUUAAACACCGUUAACUGAUAAUCAGAUGUGCCUUUUGCAGCUCACUUUUUAACAUUCUUAGUUGCUGUUGCAGUGUGGUGUCCGAGGGCGGGAAAAAUUACAAUGGCAGGCUUACAGUUUCUCACUGUGUGGCGUGUUUAUGGACAGGGUGGCCUCACACACGUGCAAGAAUAAGGGGAAAAAAACUAACAAAAAAAAAGGUCCGCGCUAUCUAACCCCUGCUGCUCCUUUAUAGGGCUCUCGAUACUACCCAGAAUUGUUAUGAACGGCCAAGGCCGUGAGACAGGAAUCCAAAAAUGCAGAGUCGGAUAAGUGAAACAGAAAAAGUCUUUAAUACAAAAAUGGACAACAAAAGGGUACCAAAAACACAAGAAACAAAGUACAACAAAAAUACAUCCGGACCUAGUCGCGGGAAAUAGUAACAAAAAAACACUGCUUGCAAGGUGAGCUGAGCAGGGAAAAAUACAAACAAGUAACGAAAAGAGCUGCUAACAAAAAACUAGCAGAAAGUACCAAAAAUACAGCUACUGCUGAAGACGUCAAGCAGGCAGGUAGGUACUUACAGGGAAGCCGAGCGAGGGUCAGAAAGCCAAAACACAAUGCACAAGGACAAGCUGGAAGGAGCUGAACAGGGUGUAGCAAAGGGACAAUCUGGCACUGGAUGUGAGUAAGCACACAGCUUAAAUAGAACAACUAAUCAGGCACAGGUGAAGAUGAUCAGCAAUCAGGGUGCUCAGGAGUGUGCUGCAACAGAGAAGCAGUAGAAGGCAGUACCGCAGCACACAAUCCUGACAGUAUCCCCCCCUUUUAUAAGACGCCCCCUGGCGGCCUACCUGGUUUAUUGGGGUGAGCGGAGUGGAAGUCGGAAAUGAGGGAGGGAUCCAGGAUACGGGAGCAGGCGACCCAGGAGCGCUCUUCUGGUCCAUAUCCCUCCCAGUCGACCAAAUACUGCACCCCCCUCCCCCUUCUUCUCGAAUCUAAUAGGGCUCUCACCGUAUACGCGGGCUGGCCGUCGAUGAUGCGGGGCGGGGGUGGAGCCUCGACCGAAGGGCACAGUGGACUGGUAGCGACAGGCUUGAUGCAGGAGACGUGGAAGACUGGGUGGACUUUAAGAGCCGGUGGAAGCUCCAGCUUGACAGCUGACUUGUUGACUAUUGUUUUGAUCUUGUAAGGUCCCACGAACCUUGGAGCCAGCUUCCGAGAGGUCCCUGCCAGCGGAAGGUCUUUAGAAGACAGCCAUACCUCCAUCCCAGGCUGGUAAUCAGGUGCGGGAACCCGGUGCCUGUCAGCAAUCCGACGGUUGUGUUCUGCUGUUCGUGUUAAUGCAGCCCGGGUCUCUCGCCAAAUGCGUCGGGCGCGUCGAAGGUGUACGUGAACAGCCGGGACGGUAAUCUCUGCUUCCUGGGAGGGAAAAAGCGGGGGCUGGUAACCAAACACAGUCUUGAAGGGUGACAUACCUGUCGCCGAGCAGGGUAACGAGUUGUGGGCAUACUCGAUCCAAGGGAGGUGGGUUGACCAGGAGGAGGGGUGUCGAUGACAAACGCACCUAAGUGCUGCUUCCAAGUCCUGAUUGGCCCGCUCCGUCUGGCCGUUGGACUGUGGGUGGUAUCCAGAAGAGAGACUAACGGUCGCCCCCAAUGCCUUAUUAAAUGCCCGCCAAACUCUUGACGCAAACUGAGGCCCUCUGUCCGAAACAAUGUCUAGGUAUCCCGUGUAGGCGAAAAACGUGCCUCACCAACAGUUUAGCUGUUUCCAGGGCCGUGGGCAACUUAGGGAGCGACACAAAAUGCGCCAUCUUAGAAAACCUGUCUACGAUAUUGAGUAUGACGGUCCGGCCAUAUGACGAGGGUAAUCCAGUGAUGAAGUCCAUUGCGAUGUGGGACCAUGGCCGACCAGGGACAGGUAACGGCUGAAGCAAACCGGCAGGAGGGCGAUGGGAAGCUUUACCUCUGGCGCAGACGGAGCAGGCGGCGACAAACUUCUUAACGUCGGCUGUCAUGGUAGGCCACCAGAACCUUUGGGAGACCAGGAAUAGGGUUCGUCGAAUCCCCGGGUGGCAGGCAAUCUUCGACGAGUGACCCCACAGCAGCACCUCGGAUCUGAGUCGUUCAGGAACAAACAAUUUCCCCUCAGGGCACCCCUCUGGUAGUUCCGUCUCCUCCGCCGCCUCAGAGACCCUCCUCUCCACCUCCCACUGGAGAGCGCCGAGUAUCCGGGCGACAGGUACGAUGGUCUCCGGUGGUGAGUUCGACUCCACCGGGGAAAAGAUCCUUGAUAAUGCAUCAGGCUUAAUAUUCCGUGAUCCAGGUCUGUAAGUGAUAGAGAAAUUAAACCUUGUUAAGAACAGUGACCAUCUGGCUUGGCGAGAGUUGAGUCUGUGCGCUGAGCGUAUAUAUGCCAAGUUCUUGUGGUCCGUAAUAACUACCAACGGCUGGGCUGCACCCUCCAGCCAAUGUCUCCACUCCCGCAGCGCAAGCACAAUGGCCAGCAGUUCCCGAUUACCCACAUCAUAAUUUCUCUCUGCCGAGGUGAGGCGACGUGAGAAAAAGGCACACGGGUGCAGCUUCUGGUCGACUGGUGAGCGCUGGGAUAGGACCGCCCCCACUCCCGUAUCCGAGGCAUCAACCUCAACGAUAAACUGCAAGGCAGGAUCAGGGUGAGUAAGGACAGGGGCAGACGUAAACAGUGUUUUAAGCUUGGUAAACGCUUUCUCAGCUUCAGGAGACCAAACAAAGGGAACUUUUACUGAUGUAAGCCUUGUCAGAGGUUCUGCCUUUAUGCUGAAAUUACGAAUGAACUUCCGGUAGAAGUUCGCGAACCCCAAGAACCUCUGCAAGUGCUUCCUUGAUUUGGGAGAAGGCCAAUCGACCACCGCCUGGAUCUUGGCGGGAUCGGCUCUUAACUUGUCCUUCUCCACUAUAAACCCUAAAAAGGACACAGAUGUGGUAUGAAACUCGCACUUCUCCGCUUUGACAAAAAGGCGAUUCUCCAACAACCGCUGAAGGAUGCAGCGUACGUGCUGGACAUGCUCCUGAAGGGAAUUAGAAAAGAUCAGGAUGUCAUCUAGAUAAACAAAGCAGCAGUGGUUAAUCAUAUCCCUAAGAAUAUCAUUUAUUAAACUCUGGAAUACAGCGGGUGCAUUGGUGAGGCCGAAGGGCAUAACGAGGUACUCGAAGUGACCGAGCGGUGUAUUAAAGGCCGUCUUCCACUCGUCCCCCUCUCUAAUACGAACCAAGUGGUAAGCAUUCCUAAGGUCGAGUUUGGAAAAAAUCUUGGCCGAAUGAAGGGACGAAAAGGCGGAGUCCAUGAGAGGAAGCGGGUAACGGUUCUUAACGGUAAUGUCAUUAAGGCCGCGAAAAUCAAUACAAGGCCGCAGCGACUUAUCUUUCUUUUCGACGAAGAAAAAACCGGCCCCCAGUGGAGAGGACGAGGGGCGAAUAAGUCCGGCAGCCAGAGAGGACGCAAUGUAUUCCUUGAGAGCAAGUUGCUCGGGUCCAGAGAUGCUAUAAAGUCUAGCAUUGGGUAACGGUGCUCCCGGGAGGAGUUCGAUAGCGCAGUCAUAUGGACGAUGGGGGGGUAAACUCUGAGCUCUAUCCUUGCUAAAAACCAUGCGGAGAUCAUGAUAGAUGUCAGGAACACCGGUAACGUCAAUAUUCUCAGGGCUGUUAGGCUUACCAGAAACUGUGGGUACCGCGGAACGUAAGCAAUUAGCAAAACAAUGGCUACUCCAAUUGAUUAUCUGUCCCCUCGUCCAAUCCACCAUCGGGUUAUGAAUUUGCAGCCAAGUGAGACCCAAAACUACGGGUGCGGAUUGAGACGGAGCGAUAAAAAAACUAAUGGACUCAUGGUGGUUGCCGGACAACUGAAGGGAUAACGGAACGGUUCUAUGAGUGACUACCGCCAAGGGACGUCCAUCCAGUGAGUGGACCUCCUUAUGGUCCCUCAACUCAACCCCCUGAAUGCCAUGUUUCUUAACAAAAUUAGAGUCAAUAAAGCAAUCAUCCGCCCCCGAAUCUACUAAUGCGGAAACCUGAACAUUGACGCCCCCUCCCGUAAUGAGUCCCGUCACCUGUAGUCUCUUAAAGACUGCUGGAGUUGGAGCCGACGCCGGAGGCAUCUCAGCAUACUCACAAUGGCCCUGAGCAGGCUGACUCUCCCUUAACUUGGAUACGGAGGUCGAUCCUGCUCCCGUCUCCUUAAUGACGUCAGGAGGGAAUCCGGAGCGGCGUGUCGGGCGCGCUGGACAUCUGCUGAUGGUGUGGUUGGGCUCGCCGCAGUACAGGCAAAGGCGGAGUCGUAGCCUGCGUGACCUCUCUGCAGCAGACAGGCGUCUUCCCCCCAGUUGCAUCGGUUCCGCAAAAUCCUCGGUGGCCGCCGUAGAUGGGACUCCCUCUGUUCCGCUGGUUCCAGGUGUUAGUGGUAUCAGCCGAGUCUCCUGACGGUGGUUCUUGGCUGAUCCUGCAGGUAGUCCCUCACUCCGUUCCCGAUCACGUUCCCGGAGGCGAUUAUCCAGCCGUAUGGCUAGGUCGAUAAGCUCGUUGAGCGUGGUGGUGAACUCCCUCACCGCCAGUUCAUCCUUAAUCCGCUCGUCAAGAGCCUUGCGAAAUAUUCCGCGGAGCGCCUCCUCGUCAUAUCGGCUUUCUGCCGCCAGCACCCUAAAGUCCACCGAAAAAGCCGCUACCGAGCGUUUGCCCUGUCGUAGGUCCAACAAUUGGUUACCGGCCUCCCUACUACGGAUAGGGUGAUCGAAGACCUGUCGUAGCUCCUCCAAAAAGACGGAAUAGGAGGUGCGCAACUCCGGCUUAGCUUUGCUCACCGCUAUAGCCCACGCUGCUGCUUUAUCAGUAAGUAAGCUCAUUAUAAACGCUAUCUUGGCCUGGUCGGAAUAGUAAGUGCUGGGUUGUUGGUCAAAAAUCAGGGUACACUGGUGUAAAAAUUGUCUGCAAUCCAUAGAUUCCCCCGAAAAGCGUGGGGGGGGUGGGAGGCUAGGCUCGCGACUAUUACUGCUGCUGGCAGCAGGUGCGAUUCGAACAACCUCUGAUGAGGGAGCUGCACCCUCCGACUGUCCUGGGUGAGCGCCAAGUCCCAGAUGCUGCUCAAUAGCACUAAUGCUAGUGGCGAGGGCAGCCAGGGACUCCAUAACUCCCCGGAGGGAUUGCUCAUGGCUGCCGACAAGCGCACCUUGUUGGGAUAAUGCGGCCUUGAUAUGUGCGAACUCUGCGGAUUCCAUGUUUGGCCAGAUUGUUCUGUUAUGAACGGCCAAGGCCGUGAGACAGGAAUCCAAAAAUGCAGAGUCGGAUAAGUGAAACAGAAAAAGUCUUUAAUACAAAAAUGGACAACAAAAGGGUACCAAAAACAACACAAGAAACAAAGUACAACAAAAAUACAUCCGGACCUAGUCGCGGGAAAUAGUAACAAAAAAACACUGCUUGCAAGGUGAGCUGAGCAGGGAAAAAUACAAACAAGUAACGAAAAGAGCUGCUAACAAAAAACUAGCAGAAAGUACCAAAAAUACAGCUACUGCUGAAGACGUCAAGCAGGCAGGUAGGUACUUACAGGGAAGCCGAGCGAGGGUCAGAAAGCCAAAACACAAUGCACAAGGACAAGCUGGAAGGAGCUGAACAGGGUGUAGCAAAGGGACAAUCUGGCACUGGAUGUGAGUAAGCACACAGCUUAAAUAGAACAACUAAUCAGGCACAGGUGAAGAUGAUCAGCAAUCAGGGUGCUCAGGAGUGUGCUGCAACAGAGAAGCAGUAGAAGGCAGUACCGCAGCACACAAUCCUGACAAGAAUGACCAAAUAUAGCCAAAAGAUUGGGCCACAAACCAUAUCUACCAUUAUAAACACUCAACAAACUGGAUAUCAUCAGUGCUGCUUUACAUUACAGUAUACCAUGGAAGGACCCUAUGAAUAUCAUAAUACACCCAUCCACACAAGCACAGUAUUUCCCUUCCCUCACUAAAUAUGAAAUCACCAGAAAACAAAUAAAAAUGCAUGGUACGGUCUGAUGAUGUCAGUGACGACAUCAUCCGCACUGUAAAACCAGGACAUACCAAACAUGACGCAUCACUUGAAGGUGAACUGCACCACACAGGUGAGUGUCUUGCAACAAAUGAUGAACUAUGUACACCUCCAUCCAUCCGUUUUCUAUGCCGCUUAUCCUCACUAGGGUCACUGGUGUAUGCUGGAGCCUAUCCCAGCUGACUUUGGGCGAGAGGCGGGGUACACCCUGGACUGGUUGCCAGCCAAUCGCAGUCACAUACAGGUAUAGACAAACAACCAUUCACACUCACAUUCAUACAUACGGACAAUUUAGAGUCGCCAAUUAAGCUAACAUGCAUGUUUUUGGAAUGUGGGAGGAGACCAGAGUACGCGGAGAAAACCUACGCACGCACGGGGAGAACAUGCAAACUCCACACAGAGAUGUCCGAGCGGAGAUUCGAACCCACAUCUUCCACAUCUCCUGACUGUGUGGUCAACAUGGUGUUCCACAGCGGAAGAAGAUGCGAAUGACCUCAUCACAUACACAUGAACGCGCGGGCGACUGUGCAGGAAUACUGCGAGAGACAAAUACUGUAUCACGCAAAGCAUUUUGUGAGCAACUAAGCGGAAGUACGUUCAUCACCAAAAUCCGAGCAGAACUGCACUUUGGAGACCAAGUGGGGGUUCACCUUUCCUGACACUGACCGCUCAAGGCCACACUGCAUCAAUAAUUAUUCCAUCAUAAGGGUAUCCAAAACCUCAUAAAAUACUUUGCAUGAAUAAAAGAAGCGCUUUGGUAAAAUAAAUAUUGGAUAACCCCAGCUGGCAGAAGACUUAUUGCUUUGGAAAAAAUCAACCCUUGAAGUUCUCAUAUCUCCUAGUUUAAUUAGAAAGCAGGACACAACAGGAAGAAGCUGAAAGAAGGAGAUAAAUCAAGAAAUUAAAUAGAUACUAACUCUUACAAGUGUGGAAAUUUGAUAUGAAUGUUUGUUACAAUCCUGCUUUUCAAAACAUCAACUUUGAAUCCCAACCUAUGAUGUGUUGGAGCAGGAAGAGUACACUCCAAUGGGAUGCUCAAAGUAUAAACAACGACUCCCCGUGCAUAUAUUGUAUACAGUAGCUAGCUAAGUGGUGUGUUGCAGAUGGAGUUAUGAUAUGGGCAGUCAUUUGUUAUGAACAACAAACGAAGGUGCAUUUUAUUGAUGACAUUUUGAAGGCACGGAGAUAUUGUGACGACCAGUCAUCCACCUUGUGGUGCAGCAUGAUCAUGCACAGCCCCAAGUUGCAAGGAUCUGUAUAAUUCCUGGUAUUUGAGGCAAAUGGUGCUCACACCAGAUACUGACUGAUUUUCUCAUCAGGAAAAUUCGAAACAUUUGAAUUCAACAUCAACAUCAUCGCUUUAGGAAAGUUAAGAUGCAGGGUUUUAUUGUAUGAUUUACAUAACAUCAAGUAAUGUAAUGUAUGAUGUCAUCUCCACUGUCACCUGUUGUCCCUACUAAUCUAAAAAUCAACACCAGUGUUGACCUCAGCUUGUUACGUAAGCAGCACACAAACAUGUCACUGUGAGAAGAAGCAAGCCACCUUGGUCUUGUCAAAUAAAUCAGUGUUUAGGUUUCACCGUGAUCUGAUCCUCUUGUCCAAACAUAAUUGGACCACAAUUGUGGACCUUGGGGCUCUUGGCUGGCCAAGAUGACAGUGACUGUGUUUCUUUUCACAUAUCCUGCUGCGGCCGUUUACGUCCUCUUCAUUUCCUUCUGUGCGUCCGCUGUGAACUGUUAGACCCUGCAGUGUUUGUUUUGAGAUCUAUUUUGCAAAGUGUCUUGGAGGAGCAGCAGCAAUGUUGUCACACGACGUUCUCAUAGAAUUUGUCGUACUUUACAUUCAAAGCAGUAAGAUGGCAGCGUCAUAUGCGUCACUUCAAACAGAGUGUUUUAUUGUCUUUGCAUUUUACAAUGGUUACUUUACACCAGUGGUCCCCUAACUUUUUACGGCCGUGUACCCCUUCAGACAUUGGACCUGAAGCCAAACACCCCCUACUCCUGCACACCUAAAAAACAUAAACCUUUUUAUCUGAACUUGAAAUAUUGAACAUAAUUAAUUCUAUUGUCAAAAUGUGUAUUUUGCAUGGUGACAUAUUGAUAAAGUUUCACAGGAGCACUGAUAAAUAGAUAACUAAUCAACCUACUUAUCUUUUAUUCCCAUUUAAUGUUGGCAUUCUUCUGUUUGAAUGGGUUGAAUUUGAGCUUCACUUUUUUGUCAACUCAGGUUGGUUAUGGUUUAAGUCUGCAUAUUAAUUUCAUACAAAAUUGUUUAACAAUCAUGAUGAAACAGUAUCCGAAGUACAAAAAUACAUACAACCAACAAUAAAGCCUCAUUUUUGGGGGAACACCCAUUCACAGUGACAGGUCUUCACCGCUGCACCGGGAUUGGGGCACCAAUUAAACACUCUUGAUGCACCAAAUAAUCAUCAAACUUACUUACAUAUUUGUUGUUCUUUGUUCAUAUAAUGCACACAGAACAAUGAACAACUUCAUGCUUUGUCUCCUUUCUGUUCUGUUGUCCUUGCACUGUAAGGCGUCCAGGCGCUCUCAUAAUUGUGAGUGUUAGGCGCUAAUUGUUUUUCAUUUUUAUUCACGUACCCCCCUGUGACAAACGUAGGCUUUACACUAAUACAAAUGUUUAAAAAUGAAAAGUGUGUCAUUCAUCAUCAGUGUUAAAAGAAGAAAUUUUACUGUUUUGACGUUUAAUACGUAUUAACAGGGCCUAUCUUCUUUUUACGCUUGUUGGCCAGUUAAGAAUGUUACACUGUGUGUUGUGUGGCUGCAACGCUGUCAAACUAGCAAAACCCUGGCAAGGAUCUUGGGUUGAACACUCGGACAAUCUCAAAGAUAACAGCCCUUUUAAACCUCUGUUCAAACAAGUUGCAGAUAAUCGUUGUGUGUGAAGUUUCGUGUCCACUGUGGCCUAUCUGCUCCUCUGUUGUCCUAAAUGUUUCCCUUCCUGCCCAUACAUCUGAAAGUCAUCAGACAAAAUCAUCUUGAAAGAUUACAAAAAAGUAUUUUGUAAACACAAGAUACCUGAUCUGUAGAAUUUCUCUUUGAGUACCACCCAAACUGACUGACCUGGGACUCCCUUUUAACAUUUAUUUGGUUACCGUAUUUGUCUUCAUGUGUACUUUGGAAUUCAAACAUAAAGCAUUUUGCUGCAUCGAUUAGGAUAGUGAAACUGAGCACAUGCAUAAUCUUUGGACAGGUAAACUGUAUAAAUCAAUGAACUCUUGCUAAGAUUCAACAUACAAGCAAUGACAAAAACAAGUUAAUUGAGACAUUGUUCUAAAUUUUAAAAAAAAUACCAACCAGAGGAGAGCAAGAAUGAAGAUAAGAAAGACAAAAUCAUGCAAGCACUCAUCACCCAGACACACUAUCAGCAUUAAGAUGUCUCCUCCUACUGCCAAUAAAGAGAACUGAAUAAAUAGUCUUACACAGUAGAGGAGCUCUGUCUUCUCUCAAAUUCUCCGCUAUUAAUAUUUAGUUGACUAAAUAAAACUGUUGAUGAAAUUAUUAUAUGAUAUGGUUAGCAAAAAAAUGUAAACACAUACCUUUCACUUCCGAAAACAAUUCCAAUCGAAGGCAAACUUAAUAAGUGAUAAAUUAUGUUUUGGGUUUUUUUUUGUUGUUUUUUUGAGACUCAUCCCUCGCACAUGUUUAUACUUCGAUACCUUUUUUUCUGUCAUGUUUCUGUCUGGAUUGUGUUCAAUAUCUUUACAUUUACUUUUUUAUGAUAGUGAUGCUGUUCUGUAAAACUACAUAAUAUUGUCCUGUAUUAUAUAUUCUGUACUACUCUGCAAUAAAAGUACAAAAAAAAUCACUUCCGGUUCUAGCUAUAGGUUCUCCGCCGUUGUAAUUCCGUUUUCAGCCUAAUGAUGGCGACAAAUGUUAACGUAAUAAUUUUAUUCCUCACUUGUAAAUUAUGUAUUGUUUUGCUUAAAUGUUUAUUUAUCGUGUACUUGUGUGGAUGAUUUUGUCCUUUUUAUGAAAAAUGUAACUUAGGUUUUAACAUUUCCGGCUUAAGUCCGUCCCUUGACUGACAUCCACCGCAUGGCCGGUAGGUGGCAACAAAAGCUUAAGGAUACGAUUGCAGCAUUUUAUUAAAGAUUUAUUUUUUUAAAUGGUUCCGAUAACGUCAAGAAGCUAAGAAGACUGCAACAAUGAUAGACUUUUACCAACGACAGUGGUGGAAAUGGACUCCCAUAGUACACGCUUGAGCUGUAUGUUGUCUUUUUUUUUAUAUAAUUUUGCACAUUCAUUCAUUGUUAUGCAUUCCUUGUCUCAUGUCAUUUUCUGUCUUGUCUCUUAACACCUAUGGAGGGGGGUGGUCUUUCCUUGUCAGUUGAGAGGUAGAUUAUCAUUUUAAAUGAGGUCAGAGCAUGUGUUGUUAUGGAGAGAGGGGAGCUUCCCCGUGUCUACCAACACAACGCCAGUAUAGAAAGCUGAAGGACCUGCAGACCUGUGGGUCACUUCUGUGCUGUCAGGGGUCAGUUUAAUCAAGUUUCACCAGAACACACGGGAAUCAGUUUCAGGGUAGUAAAUAAAUUAAAGAUGCCCGCUAAAAAGAAAAAAGCAAGUCAGAGUGUGGAGGAGGAAACCAAAGAUGUGGAUGACGAGGACUCUGGGGAUCAGCAACAGGAGCCGAAGAAGAAAAGGCAGCAGGUGAUUGAGGAUGCUGGAGAACGGAAGAAAAAGAAGAAGCAGAAGGACAGUGACGAAGAAGACUACAGCUCUGACACAUUUGGUAGCAAUGUGAGAAGCAGCAACAAGUCCGAAAAAGUUCAAGAAAAGGCUAAGAAGAAGAAAAACAAAGACGUAAGCAGGGAUGAGUUCAGCGACGUUUCCCAGAACACAGACGAUGAAGACAACAACAGCUACUCAAGCAGUAAGAAAAGAGAGGGGAAUCUUCCUGAUGUGAUCACCACCACCAAAAAAGCAACAAGUGGGCCUUCGGCAAAAGACAAGAUGGGCUCAAAGGAUAAAAAAUCCAAGAAGGACUCGCAGAAAAAGGAGGAACAGAUAGCAGGGGAUGAGGAGGACGGGAAGAAGAAGAAGCGAGACAAGAAGAAGAAAACAUCAGAGAAGGGGAACAGCGAUGAAGACACCAAGAAGACAAAAGGCAAGAAGAAGAAGGUUGAGAACUACGUGGAAAUCUAUGAGAGUGAGCUUCGUAAUUAUCAGGCGGAAUUGGUGGAGAACUAUGAAGAUGAGUACCACAAAAAGAAAGUAUAUGAAGUGGUGACCACCACUGGUGAUGAGAGAGGAGCGGGCACCGAUGCCAAUGUGUUUAUCACUCUCUUUGGAGAAUUUGGCAUCACUCCCAAAGUCCAUCUGGCCAGCAAGAGUCGCACUGCAUUUGAGAGAGCCAAAACUGAUAUAUUUCGAAUAAGAACCCACAAUGUGGGUCCUUUGAAGAAGAUACGGAUUGAGCACGACAACACGGGCCUGAACGCCAGCUGGUACUUGGACCGGGUGGUGGUGACUGACGUGAUCAGGCCUCACCUGAGGUACUACUUUGCUUGUAACAACUGGCUCAGUAAAGUGGAAGGGGACAGCCUUUUUGUCAGAGACCUGCUGGGUACCAUGGAUGCAAUGGACAUGCCCAAAUAUAAUAAGUAUAUGGUCAGUGUCUUCACUGCUGAUAUAAAAGGUAGCGGAACAGAUGCAGAUGUCUUUAUCAAUAUAUUUGGAGAGUUUGGUGAUACAGGUGAGAGGCCACUAAACACAGGCAAAAAUAACUUUGAAAAAGGGACAGAGGACAAAUUCACCUUUGAAGCCCCAAACCUGGGCAAAAUCAGGAAGAUCACCAUCGGCCAUAACAACAAAGGCUCUUCUGCAGGAUGGUUUGUUGACAAGGUGACCGUGGAUGAUCUAGGAAACAAAGUAGUGUAUGAAUUUCCUGUCAGUCGCUGGUUUGCCAUCGACGAGGACGAUGGGAAAAUACAGAGAGACAUUUUGGUGGGAGGGAGCCAACCGACGGGUAUCGUGUACAACGUCCAGAUUGUAACCGGAAACAUCCGAGGGGCCGGGACCAACUCCAAAAUUCACAUUGUGAUGCACGGCACCAAAGGCUCAAAGAACAGCGGCAAGGUUUUCCUUGAAGGAGGGAAGUUUGAGCGUGAUCUGACAGACAUCUUCAAUAUCGAGAUUGCUGCUUUACUCAGCCCCCUCAGCAGGGUGACCAUCGGACAUGAUAACGACGGGGUCAGUGCCGGGUGGUACUGUGAGAAGGUGGUGGUGUACUGCCCAUUCACCGGGAUCGAGCAGACCUUCCCGUGCUCUCAAUGGCUGGAUGAGAAGGAAGGAGACGGGCUGAUUGAGCGAGAACUCUUCGAGAUGGUCUCGCUCAGGCAGAAAAGGCAAAAAAAGCAUCCCUGGUCCUUGUGGAUUUGGACAUCUGACCUUCCCAAUGCUGGAAGCGACGCGGAUAUCUAUUUUCAGGUGUAUGGAGAGAAGGGCAAGUCCGAUGAGAUCAAACUGGACAACAAAACAGACAAUUUUGAGCGAGGUCAAGUGGACAAGUUUAUAGUUGAACUGCCUGAUUUGGGAACUUUGACCAAACUCCGUAUCUGGCAUGAGAAGAGAAAUCCUUUUGCAGGGUGGCAUCUGACUAAGGCAACUCUGAUAAAAACAUUAACCAAGGAGAAAUAUAAGUUUCCUUGUGAGCGUUGGCUGGACACAAACGAAGAUGACAACGAGGUGGUGAGAGAACUUCCUGCAACAGGGGAACUCAUUGCAGAACCACUGCCUUUGAUAAAGUACAGAGUGACCGUUUGCACCGGGACCCUCGGUGGCAGUGGCACGGACGCGUCUGUUUUUCUCAAUCUCAUCGGCGAGCAUGGUGACACUGGAGACCGACAGCUUGUCAACUGCAAAAACAACAUCAACAAGUUUGAGAAGGCAAAUCUGGAUGAGUUUAUCAUUGAGGCCGCCGCCAUCGGACAGAUCCGCAGGGUAAGGAUCGGACAUGACGGUAAAGGUGGCGGGUGCGGCUGGUUUCUGGAUAAAAUCAUUGUGAGGGAGGAGGGACAGGCUGAGGCGCAGGCCACCGAGUUUCCCUGCAACAGAUGGCUGGAUCGCAACGAGGAUGAUGGACAGAUCGUUCGAGAGUUAGUCCCGUUCUCUGAUGGACAGAGUCUUUACAAUGUUGGCUAUCACAUUGCAGUGAAGACAGGCAACAUCCCUGGAGGCAGCUCAGACUCCACAGUGUUUGUCAAGCUUUACGGGGACAAAGGGGACACUAGUAAAAUGAUGCUACUGGUUUCUGACAACAACCUGAGAAACUAUUUUGAGACGGGUCGCACUGACAUCUUCACUGUGGAAACCUCCGAUAUUGGACAGAUCAACCGCCUGAUGAUCGGCCACACCAACGAGGGCAUGCGGGCCGGUUGGUUCUUGGACAGUGUUCAGAUCCUGGUUCCUCUGAACGGAAAGCACUACAUGUUUCCCUGCCAUCGCUGGCUGUGCAAGGGAGAAGCCGAUGGCAAGACAGAGGUGGAGAUUUACCCCAGCGAGAUCCUGGACACACAGCAAAUGAUCAGCUAUGAGAUAUCAGUCACAACUGGAGAUGAGAUGUUUGCUGGCACAAAUGCCAAAGUGUUCAUUCAGAUCUACGGGGAAAAAGGCAAGACAGAGGUCAUCACACUAGACAGCCGAUCCAACAACUUUGAAAGAAACACCACGGACAUAUUCAAGAUUGAGGCCAAAGAUGUGGGGAAGGUGUUCAAGAUCCGCAUCGGCCAUGACGGCUCGGGGAUGGCAGCCGGCUGGUUCCUGGAGACUGUGGACGUCAAGCACACAACGAUAGCUAAGGUGCCCAAGGAAAAGAAGAAGGAAGACAACAAAAAGAAGAAGAAAAAGAAAAAGGAUGAGGACGAGGAGGAGGAGGAAGGAGGAGAGGAGAUGCAGGAAGUGGUGUUGACAUAUCAUUUCCCUUGCUCGCGGUGGCUGGCUCGAGGAGAGGAUGAUGGCGAGCUGCAGGUGGAGCUGCUGCCGGACGGCGCAGAGGAACUGGAAGACAACACCUACGAAGUGUGUGUCUUCACGGGUGACGUGCUGGGAGCCGGGACCGACGCCAACGUCUUCAUUAAUAUUUACGGCAAGAACGGAGACACCGGAGAGCGUUAUCUCAAGAACUCUGACAACCUCAACAAAUUCGAACGAGGGGAGGAGGAUGUUUUCAUUCUGACAGCUAUUGAUUUGGGUCCUCUGAAGAAGCUUCGGAUUCGUCAUGACAACACACGGUCAUAUUCAGCUUGGUAUCUUGAUCGUGUAGAAAUAGUGGACACAAAGGAUGAUACAACGUACUAUUUUCCUUGCAACCGCUGGCUGGCAGUGGAUGAAGAUGACGGCCAGAUAGCAAGAGAGCUGGUUCCUGUGGAUGAGGCCUUCAUGAAGAAAGAUGAGGAUGAGGAAGGAGGCGGCGGUGCCACCCUGGGGCUGGAGCAGAAAUCCAUGUCCACUACAUAUACCAUUAAGAUAAAAACCGGAGAAAAAAAGUACGCGGGAACCGACGCAAAUGUCUUUGCAGUAUUAUUUGGAGAAAAUGAUGACACAGGCAUCAUCAAUCUGAAGGCCUGUAAGAGCUAUAAGAACAAGUUUGAGCAAGGGAUGACCAAUGAGUUCACCGUGGAAGCGGUAGAUUUGGGUGAGCUGGAGAAGCUUCGAAUCGGUCAUGACAACUCAGGGGGCUCACCUGGUUGGUUUUUGGACUGGGUGGAGAUCGACGCCCCCUCACAAGGUCUGAGGCUACGCUUCCCCUGCGGGCGCUGGUUGGACAGAGGAGAGGAUGACGGCGCCAUUGUGAGGGAUCUCUAUCCCGCUGAUUUACAGACUGAGUUGUACACGCCAUUUGUGCCCUACGAGCUGAAGAUCUACACCAGCGAUGUGUUCGGCGCGGGGACAGAUGCGGAUGUGUUCAUCGUUUUGUAUGGUUGCAAGGGCGUGUGCACUCUGCAGAAGCAUCUCUGUGUCAACAAGAGGGAGAGGCGACUGUACUUUAAGAGGGGAGCUGAGGACAUGUUCAUCGUGGAGUUAGAAGAUGUUGGCGACAUUAUAGAGAAGAUCCGGGUGGGGCACGACAACAGGGGAACCAAUCCAGGAUGGCAUCUCGACCGAGUGGAAAUCAGGCGUCUGCUGAGGAAAGGAAAGGGCUCAGAGACAACCAUUUUCCCAUGUGAGCGCUGGCUGGCUAAAUCGGAAGAUGAUGGGGAAACGGUGAGGGAGUUGGUGCCAUCUGACAUCAUCGCAGAGAAACUCCUCAGGGGUGGCACUUUGAAACGGACGGAAACUGAGGUGGAGGAUGCUUUGGAAACCCACACGUACCAGGUGUCUGUACGCACAGGUGAUAUGUAUAAAGCAGGAACGGAUGCCAACGUCUUCCUCACAAUAUACGGAGACCUUGGUGACACAGGAGAGCGCAAACUUGCCAAAUCGGAGAACAACAGGAACAAGUUUGAGAGAGGACAAGUGGAUAAAUUCACCAUUGAAGCAGUGGACCUGGGCCAAGUGUUUAAGAUCCAAAUUCGUCAUGACAACUCCAUGGUGGGAGCUGACUGGUAUCUGGACCAGGUGGAGGUGCUGGAUGUGGACACAGAGGAGGUUUACAUGUUCCUGUGUGAGCGAUGGCUGUCCAAAAAGAAGGAGGACAAACGUUUAGAGAGGACUUUCUUUGUAAAGGGAUACGAAGGUGAAAGAAACACUGAUCCAAAUUUCAAAAAGAUGACUCAGGCCAAACUGGGGCUGGACAGGAAUGCAAACAAGAAGAAAAAGAAGAAGAAGGUGGCAGUGCUGGAAGAAGGUCCAAUCAUCCCCUAUCACGUCACUCUAUCCACUGGGGUCGAACGCGAUGCCAGUACCACUGCCAGGGUUUACGUUAUCAUCAUCGGCCCAGGAGACCUGGAGACAGACCGGCUGUGGCUCGACCUGCCAGACGGGAAGAAAUCCUUUGCAGCUGGCAGCAUGGAGCAUUUUGUGUGCUACGGAACUGACGUGAGAGAGAUCAAGAGAGUGGAACUUGGCCACAAUGGCGCCACACCAGAGAGCUGCUGGUUGGUGGAUGAGCUGGCGGUUGCCGUGCCAACCAAAGGUAUCAAGUACAGCUUCCCGUGCAAGUGCUGGCUGGCCAAAGACAGAGGAGACGGUCUGACAGUCAGGCUGUUCAACGUGCUGGACGCCAGCACCAUCAACAUCAACCGCAAAGUGAUUUAUACCACCACAGUCAUCACAGGUGACAUGCAGUAUGCCGGCACGGACACACACAUAUUCCUGACUGUGUACGGAGCCAAUGGAAGCACAGAGGAAAUGCUCUUGGCCAAGAAUGAGGACAGGUUUGAGAGAGACCAAGAGGACACAUUCAGUCUGGAAGUUGAUGACAUCGCUCCUCUCAAGAAGAUACGUGUUCGCACUGAUGGCAGUGGUAGUCGUCCCGAUUGGUUCCUGGACAGGAUCCUGAUGCGAAACCUGAACACAGAAGAGGUGUACAUGUUCACCUAUGAGAACUGGCUCUCUAAGACCAAAGGACCAAGGAGGACUCAAAUGUGUGAGCUGGCGGCCGUGGUGGAUGACGAGGAGAUGAUGGAGAGAACAACCUACAUCAUCCAAGUCCAGACCAGUGAUGUCACAGGUGCUGGCACAGAUGCCAACGUGUGUUUGAUGGUGUUCGGCAAGUUUGGUGACACAGGAAUGCUGCAGCUAAAGCAGAGUAUUAACAGGAACAAGUUUGAGCGCAAAAUGAAAGAUGUCUUCCGGUUCCCCGACAUGCUCAGUCUGAGCGAGCUCUCCAAAGUACGAGUGUGGCAUGAUAACAAAGGUCUGGCUCCGGGCUGGCACCUGGACUACAUUGACGUCAAAGAUGAGACCAUGGACCAGACUUUCAGGUUCCCGUGCGACCGCUGGUUGGCUAAAAAUGAAGAUGACGGCCAGAUCAUCAGGGAGCUGGCAUGUGCCAACAAUGAUUUGGUGGACCUCAGUGAUAAAACCAAAUACGAAAUUGCCAUAACCACUGCAAACACAGAGGACGCUUCCACCAAGGAAAAUGUCUGGCUUGUCUUGGAAGGAAGGAAAGCCCGCUCCAAGGAAUUUGUUCUGGAGAAUAAGAAGAACAAGUUCUCAUGCGGCGCCACAGACACCUUCGAGUUCUCGUCCAAGCAUGUGGGCGAACUCGCCGGUAUCUGCAUUGGCCACAUCACCAAAGACGGCAAGAAGGUGAAGAAUGAAUCCUCCUGGCACGUUGCGGAGGUGGUGGUCACAGAAAAAGAGCUGGGAAACAAGUAUUUCUUCCACUGCAAUGCUCAAGUGCCCCUGGCGGCCAAAAAGGACCGGUUCCAAACAUUUGAGUGCUGCAAGUCGAUAGAGAGCUUCGCCAGCAAAGUCCGGAACCUGGUGCCAGUCAAGUACGAGAUCAUCGUCAUCACAGGCGACGUCAAGGAUGCCGGCACUGACGCCAACGUCUACAUCACCGUCUACGGCGUCAACGGGGACUCUGGGAGGCGUCACCUGCGCAAGAAGUAUCGCAACCUCUUUGAACGAGGCCACACAGACCGCUUCCUGGUGGAGAUGUUGGAUCUCGGGGAGCUGCUCAGGGUAAAAGUCCAGCAUGACAAUAGUGGGUCCAACUGCGGUUGGUACUUGAACUGCGUGGAGUUAACCAACACGGCCAACUCAGUCACAACAAUCUUUCAGUGUGGUAAGUGGCUAGACUCGGGUAAGGCUGACGGGCGCACUGAGAGGGUCCUCUAUCCCAAGUACUAGGUACUUUUAUGACCUAUGACCUGGAGUUUUAUUUUGUAUUUUUUUGCAUCACUAGAACUUGAGUGACACUCAUCUCCAUCAAGGUCAAUCAUACAUUUACCUAAUUUACGCAUUAGUCACUGAAAAAUGAACUGUUUCUUAAAUAUUUAUCCGUUUAUGCCUUUUAAAGUGAGAAAAAAAAUCCUCACCAAAUUGUAAUAUAUAUAAUUAUGUAAUUUAUACAUUUCUAUCAAAAAGAAAAAAAAACAAAAAUCUGAUUUUUUAAAUAAAUGUUUUCCCCAAGUAAUAAAUAUUUUUAUUCUUGGCACAUUUCUCAUUUAGUAAGUAAUAAUCCCAAAAUGAAAAUAAUAAAUAUCCCAUUUCUCAACAGAUAAAUAAAUAAGUAAAAAGUUCAACAACAAAUGUGUUUUUUCUGGACCCUUUUUCCAAACUCCCUCAAAGUUCAGUGUAAAACUGCUGCAAAAAGAAGUUUUUAGUCAGGCUGAAUAGAGAUUGGCAGAGGUUCUUUCUUUGUGUUCUGGUAAGUUCGUGCCAAGUGUCAGCAAGGACCCUGAACCAAAUAAUUAGAAAAAAAUCACUUCAUCCUAUCACAUCAUUAUUUAAACGCCAUGUUUUUUGAAUGUGUGGAUAUAUUUAGACCAAGUUUUAUUAGAUUGUGUGCAUUUAUAUAUUUUCAUAAGUCAAAUUACCUCAAGUUUGUUCAAAUGAACAAAUGACCAUCAAUGUACUGAAAAAGUGCACACCAAGUGAAUACUUUGUGCUUUGCAAGUAAACAUACAUGCCUAAAAAGCCGCAAAAAAAACAGCCACACAAACUGCAUUGUCAUUAGCAUUUUAAGCAUUUUAUUUGAAAAACACAUACAAAAAGAUCAUAUACAAGACAAUAAAUAAAAAAGAGACAGAACAGUUUGGGUUAAGCUAUGCAACUUUUUGCAUUGUCAUUAGUAAUAAAUACAGUACAAAAUCCACCCAGAGUGAAUCUAAAGGUUUUUUUUUCUCCACAAUAUUCACUGAUCAUGUUAUUCUUCAUUAUGAUUUCGCUAUUGCUUUCAUAUUAUUGAUACAUACUUCUACUUUUCUAUAAAAUACUCAAGAUCAUAAAACAUUGCGCGGUUACAGCAAAACAGCAGUGUUGUUGUACAAAGAUGGCCACUUCCCUUUUUCACUGGCAGGUUAAUAACAUUGUUUUUUCUUGUUUUUUUUGUAUUCUCAGCAGCAAAGAAAGAAAUAUUCAAGAAGGUACAGCAUCAUAUUAAACACAUCUAACAGAGCUACUCCCACAUACACAUAGGAAAACCUGAGAAGGACAUGCAUUUAAAAAGCUUGUGCUUUAAAAGUUUCUACUGUUCAUUCCGGUUCAUCAGCUUGAGUUAAUACUAUGGCUACGGUCCAGUUGGCUCUGGAGCAAACGGGGUACACUGUGGCGGGCGCAGGGUGGGUAUAAGGCCAGUGAGAGCACAAAAAUAAUAAUAAAAAUUAUAAACAAACAAUAAUAAUAAUAAUAAUAAUAAUAAUAAUAAUAAAUAGUAAAGCCAGCUUCAGUCAAUUCCAAUUGUCCCUUGUUUUAAAAGAAUUAUUUGCAGGAUUAGUAUUGAAAGGAAAAGCACACGCAAAAGUUAGCUUAUUAUAUCCACAACUCCAUUUAUAUUGGUAUCACCACAGUUUGCUCAAUAAGAUCAAUGGCUCAAGUUAGCAAUGUUAAGUAAGAUACAUCCCCCUACGUUCACAAAGCAAAUAGCCAGCAAUACAUCAGCAACACAGCUCAACAACAAUGUGGCCUCUAAAGGAAGAAUAAGCAGAGAUCCAAGAUAUGAUGGAAAUGAUUGAUUAUGGGAGGUGAAAGCAGCAUCGUAUGGCAAAAAAAAACAAAAAAAACAAGCGAGCUAUUUGUGGAGCAGUUACUAAGACAAAGACAGGCUCCGAUCAAAGCAAGUGAAACUAAAGGGAAUGUCAUCUCCAUCAACAGCACCAUGCUGGCUUCAAAUUGGACUGGGAGACACACACACCCAGUCAACUAAUUUCCUCUUUGCAGAAGAAAAAACACACACACACACACACACGCACGCACACGCACACACACAGACAGACGGCAUGCAGAUGCAUCCCCACCGACCAAUGCAUAAUGAGGUAUUGUUUUUUUUGUAAUAUUUUGUCUUAUUUUAAAUAAAUAUAUCGAUUAAAUUGCAAAGUUAUGAGAUAGAGACAUUAAAUAUUCCACCACAAUAGCUAGCUAGCUACAGUUAGUAAUAAAUAAUGAUUGUUAAAUACUUAAGGCAUCUUUAAAAUCACAGCAUUCUAUGUGAACUAGCAGAACCUCCAUUAUUUCAGCACAUUUUUUUGUUUUGUUUUUGGAUGGAGGUCUCACAUGAGAGGGAAAAGAAUAAUGCAACACGGUUAAGUUUACCAUUCAAUAACGACCAAGGAAUGUUUGGCACACAGUGAAAAGAAAAAAAAACAACACAAUACGAUACUUGAGUUGAAAUGUUGCAACAAUAAAGUCGUCAUUUUGCCAGAAUAAAGUCGUAAUAUCACAAAGACAAACGUGUAAUUUUAUGAGAAUACAGUUGAAAUGUUUCAAGAUUGUAGUCUUAAUUUUGCACGGAAAACUGCAAGGUAAAAAUGUUUGAGACACAAAAAUGAAGUCACAUUUGGUGAGAGAAAAUAUUUCCAAAUAUUACCAGAAUAAAGCUGUCAUUUUACAAGAAUGAACCUGUAAUGUUAACAGAAUUGUAUGAGGCUCAAAUCACAAUUUUGGGAGUAGUUGUAAUAUUAUGAGAGGGAAUAAAAUCAGAAUGGUAUGACAGUAAAUUCAUCAUUUUACCAGAAAGUCAGACAAUUAUGAGAAUAAAUGCUUAAUUUGGAGGGAAAAAAUCCCACCAUUAACAAUAAAAAUGUUUACAAGAAUAAAGCUGUGAUGUUCCAAAAAAAAAGCAUAAAAUGACAAAUUCUUUAUCCCCAAAUUAUUUAUUCUCAUAAUAUUUAAAUAUUCUUUAAAUCUUGUAAUAUUACAACUUUAUUCAGGUAAUAUUAGGACUUCAUUGCCCAAAAUUAUGACUUAAUUGUACUAAAAUGCGGGGUCUUUUUUGCUCGGAAAUAAAAAAAAAAAAUCAUCAUAAUCUCAUAAUUUUACAUAUUUUUCUCAUAAUAUGUAAAACUUUAUUCUCAUAAUUUGUAUGAUAUUAUAACUUUAUUCUCGCAGAACCCCCGCCCUCCGCUCUUUCCCACAUAAUAUUACUGUUUUAUUUUUGGAACUUUACUACUUUUUCUAUCAAGAUUUGUUCACCUUCUUUUCAGUGUGGCUCUAACACUCCUUGGUAAAUAACACACACAAGAAAGCAUGAAAAUACUUGGAAUCGAACCAAAACAGCAAAACUCUGAAGACAAGAAGAAGCCACACACACACACACACCACCAAACCAAACAAAAAAAAUUAAAUUAAAUAAAAAAAAAAACAGGCAACUCCAUAUUAUAGUGCAUUUACAUGAACACAAGCUACAUGACAAAUAUAUAAAUAUGCUUUUUUGCAGCAUUGCAGCUCUUUAUCUUCACGGUGACAGCGUGUGUUAUUAGUACCAUGUCCCAAAUAAUUGGCAUGUGAAUUUAAAAAAUAAUAAUAAUGGCAUACAAACAUAUGAAAAGACAACAUUACGAACAAUUGUUUGGUUGUUUGUUGUUGUUAAAUGGAUGGCUUCUUAUCCCUUUCACCCUCCUUCACGACAUCACACACACAAGGAAGGACAGGAGGGGGCGGGGCUAACGCACACAUUCAAACACAGGCAGGCGAAAUAGUUUGUGGGGGGUUUUACCCCCUGUACUGAAAUGGGAAAGGAGAAUCACUGUAAAAUAAUAGUAAUGAUAAUAAAUGUGCUUGUUUGUUAGGCAAUAAGGUUCUGAGAAAUGUCACUCAUGCCUGUGGCGAGCGAGGCAAGAUGGCGGCGUUGCUGUUAGACAAGGCUCAGGUCAGAGGUCAGUGUCUAAGGGCAACUUUGGUGUGAGUGAGUGUGUGUGUGUGUGUGUGUGUAAAGGAGGAGGAUUAGGUUUGGUGGACCACCUGCCACUCUCCUCCUGUGGAUGAGUGGGUGACAUGCACACUAGACAGGUCCCUGCUUCUACUUGCUCCACGUUGACAACACAGUCCAAAAAGCCUGGCACGCACACACAGAUGUACACCCGUUGGUGUAAUCUAGCGAGGGCAACCCCUCCCCUCCCGCUACGACACAACACACAUCACUGGAAGCCAUGCCUGCAGUUAGCCGCAUUAGCAUCGAUGGCGUCUAAAUCCAAAAGAAAACCACAACACAGAGAGAGAGCGAGAAAGAGAGAGAGGGGGGGGAGGGUUUGUUUUCAAUUGUCAUUAUUUUUGGCCUUUUUACACAAAAGUCGGCUGUGAAAGGUUUAGAUCAGCGCUAUAGCCGCCCACGAACAUGGUCUCUCCAUUGCUACACAACACUGUUACUCUGGUAAAUACUGGAUCAGGACACACACCAAACAACCUCAUGCUAAUGGUUUUGUGUCAUGUUCUGUACACAUGUGCAGCAUCAUGUCUACUUUUGCCUUUCUUUUACAUCCACUUAGUCAGCCAGUCUUAAAUUGAGUGAUCCCCAUCCCUGCCUGCGUGUGUGUGUGUGCGUGCGUGCGUGCGUGUGUGUGUGUGUGUGUAGGUGUGUGCUUUGUUGAUCCUACCAUGCCCCCUCCCUGUCACAAGGAGGAGAUAGUGGAGGAUUGUGGGAUGUGAGGCUGUGGGUGUCAACUGUCAGGGUUGAGCUGGGUUUCAAUGUCCACUCUGCAUAUGGGGCACUUCCUGCUGGUGGCCAACCAUUGGUCCACACACGCCUGGUGGAAGAGGUGCAUGCAGGGUAAUCUCCUAAAGAGGAGACACUUUGGUUAAUAAGCGAAGGCCCCACAAUCCCACGUUUCCCCCAAAUAGUGCUCCAUUCCAAAUGUUUUUUUAUUUUCUUGUAAUAAUCAGAUUUUUUUUCUUGUAUGUUUUUUUUUAUUCUCAUAAUUUAUUCUCAUAAUAGCAUAACUUUUUUCUACUUUAAAGUUGUAAUAUUACAAAAAAAGAAGGUUUAAGUCAAUGUUACGGCAAAUAGUCCUACUCUUAUUAGAAUACAAACGAAAAAAACUUUUUUCGAGAAAAAGGUAAUAAGAAAAUAAAUGAGCUCACUCAAAAAUAUGUUACAAGAACAAAGUCAUAAUAGAACAAGGAAAAAAAUCCAAAUUGA